ACGCCUACACUGUGGACGGAAGGCGCACGCGCUCACAAAAAACCAUUCGACGAUAGCGCAAGCGCAGCGCUAUAUUCGCCCACAACUUCAGUUCGGUCAACUUCGUCAUUUAGUGGUGACCGAAACUUCGAUGUGUGUGGUAGUGAAGUUAACUUUUCUAACAUAGGAUUCUCACAAAAUAAUAAUAACCCAUUACUAAAGUACAAUCUCGUACAGAACGUGUAUAUAUAAACUUUUAACGUGCCUUUAGUUGGUUAAUAUUAAUCAAAAUGUGUGAUAAUACCAAUCCUUCGACACAAAGUAUAGCGGACUACUUAGCUCAGUUGCUCAAAGACAGGAAGCAACUGGCUGCGUUCCCGAAUGUUUUCAUGCACAUGGAAAGACUUCUGGAUGAAGAAAUAGCAAAAGUACGAGCGAGUUUAUUCCAAAUAAAUGGAGUCAAGAAGGAACCGCUUGUUCUACCAGAGCCAGAAGGCAUGGUCACCACACUGACAGAAAAAGUAUAUGUACCAGUUAAAGAACAUCCAGAUUUCAACUUUGUAGGAAGGAUUCUUGGACCCAGAGGUAUGACUGCGAAACAGUUAGAACAGGAAACUGGAUGCAAAAUUAUGGUCAGAGGCAAAGGCUCGAUGAGAGACAAAAAGAAGGAGGAUGCAAAUAGGGGCAAGCCAAAUUGGGAACACCUAGCCGACGACUUGCACGUCCUGCUCACAGUCGAAGAUACAGAAAACCGUGCAAAGAUAAAGUUGGCCAGAGCCGUAGAAGAGGUCAAACGCCUUUUGAUUCCCCAAGCUGACGGAGAAGAUGAGCUGAAAAAACGUCAGUUGAUGGAGUUGGCCAUUAUAAAUGGUACAUACCGCGACUCUAGCACGAAAGCCGUCGUGCCCGUCAACGCCGAUGAAGAAUGGCGACGCGUAGCCGCUGAAACCCAGAGGUUAUUGGCGCCAACUGGAGGGGUGGGGGGCGUGGGAAGUGUCGCUCUACGCACAUCAGCGCCACUGGGAGCUCCAUUGAUACUGUCUCCACGUAUACCGACAGCGCCGGGCGCACAAGCUGGCUUGCUUAACGGUACAGGAGCAGGUGGAGCCGGCCUCUUAUCUCCCGGUGAACCAGCCCAUCAGUUGAUUUACGCGUCGCCGUAUGCCGACUACGCGAACUACGCAGCCCUGACAGCGGCUGCCAACCCUUUGUUGACAGCGGAGUACGCCGCCGCCGACCAUACGGGUGGGUUAUUCGCCCGUUGAUAUCUUAUUUACAACCAUUUGAUAACAUCUUUUAUUAUUUCAGUCUAUAAUCAACCGAAACCUUAUUACGAAAGUAUUUAAAUAUAGGUGU